CCGACAGUGAAUUUUGAUCCCUAUCCACUCUCACUCUCCCUAGCUAUAUAUACCCCACUUCACUCCCCAACUCUAAUCAUCUCAUCAUAUCAUAUCCUUCCUUCAUUGCUGAAAACACAAUCUACUCUCAUGGCUCCCACUGCUGAAAAUGUUGUAGUUUCCAACAAAAAGCUUGAGCGAAUGCUGAGCAUGAAAGGUGGCAAAGGCGAAGCUAGCUACGUCAACAACUCUCAAGCUCAGGCGCAGCAUGCGCGGUCGAUGCUCCACCUGCUGAGAGAAACCCUGGACGGCGUGCGGCUGAGAGCGGCGGCGGAGGAGGAGGAGGCCUUCGUGGUGGCGGACCUGGGAUGCUCGUGCGGGAGCAACACCAUAUACAUGGUGGAGUUCAUCAUCAAGCACAUGAUGAAGCGGCACGAGGAGGCCGGCCGCCAACCCCCGGAGUUCUCCGCCUUCUUCUCCGAUCUGCCCUCCAACGAUUUCAACAUGCUCUUCCAGCUCCUCCCGCCCUACGGCGGCCUCAGCAUGGAGGAGUGCCUCGCCUCCGACACUCACCGCUCCUACUUCGCCGCCGGAGUCCCCGGCACCUUCUACCGCCGCCUCUUCCCGGCCAACUCCGUCGACGUCUUCUAUUCUGCCUUUUCUCUGCACUGGCUAUCUCAGGUGCCAGACGUUGUGUUGGACAAGAGAUCGACAGCGUACAACAAGGGUAGAAUAUUCAUCCACGGCGCCAAUGAGAGCACAGCAAAUGCAUACAAGAAGCAGUUUCAGAGUGAUUUGGGUGGGUUUUUGAGGUCAAGAGCCAAAGAGAUCAAAACUGGAGGAUCCAUGUUCCUGGUUUGUUUGGGUCGGACUUGCUCCGACCCCACCGACCAGGGCGGCGCCGGCCUUCUCUUCGGUACCCAUUUUCAGGAUGCUUGGGAUGAUCUUGUUCAAGAGGGCCUAAUCAGUAGUGAACAACGCGACAACUUUAACAUUCCCGUUUACGCGCCGAGCCUGGAGGAUUUCAAGGAGGUGGUGGAAGCCGACGGCUCGCUCGUGAUAAACAAGCUCCAAGUGUUCAGAGGUGGGAGCCCUCUGGUGGUCAACCACCCGGACGACGCCGUGGAGAUCGGCCGCGCUCUCGCCAACAGCUGUCGUAGCGUCAGCGGCGUCUUAGUCGAUGCGCAUAUCGGCGAUCAGCUGAGCGACGAGCUCUUCUCGCGCGUCGCUACCCGAGCCACCAGCCAAGCCAAGGAGCUGCUAGACCAGCUUCAGUUCUUUCACAUUGUGGCGUCCCUUUCUUUAGCUUAAAAACUGCAUGUGUUUCAUUUGUAUGUUGUUGGCCUCUUUUAAUUGUGUUUAUUAGUAUCUUAUUUUGAUUAAUUUGUGUUAUUGAUUAGUGAAUGUACGUUAAUAUGAAUAUUGGAUGUGUAGUAGAUGUGGCAGUUAAUUUGGAUUUAUCAUUUUAGUUA